AGCCUCUUUAUUUCAGCACAAGAAAUGAUCACACACACAGCUUUGAAAAUGGCCGAAAUCCUGACUCCUUCCUCUUCCUCUUCCUCUUCCCGGUGCAGUCUCCUCGGCCAACGCGGCGGCCACGACCGAAACUUGCGGAUUAAUUCUACAAUAUCCUCAUUAUGUCAUUCCCAUCCUCCUCCGACCCUUCCAUUUCCUUCUUCUUUUCCGAUUUUAUCAUCAUUCAUCCUCAAUUUCUGAACCCUAUAAAGUAUCUCUCUAAUAUCCAAUUUUCCCAAUGUUUUUCAUCCGUACACUUCCCCUUCCCCCAUCGCCCUCCUCCAAUCAACUUCGUCGCCUUCUAUUCCCUGCUUCUUCAUUUCCCUGCCUGCGCGGCUUUCGUUUGCUUCAAUUUCAACCAAUGGAUUCGUUUUCCACUUCAGCAAAUAGCCAUGCAUUACCUGACUCUUCAUGUUGUGGUAGUUCUUGUGGUUGUGGGAGAGACAAGGAACAUUUGCAUGACAGAGAUAAUAGUUCAGAUGUCAUACAUGUGGGAAGCAUUCCUGUGCAUCUAAAUCCCAAGGAACGUGAACCCAAAUCUUAUAAUUAUGAUGAGUCUCUACCUGUUCAUAGACAAAAUACUAGAAGAAGCCGGAUAGAUUUAGGGUCCAAAAGAGAUUUGAAGAGUAAUGCAAGAUCAUAUCAAGUAGAGAGGCUUGAAUUUUUGAACGAUUCUUGUCAGGAGUAUAAAUCAUCUCUUCCUAUUCAUUUUGGGAAGAAAAAUGAAGUGUUUGUCUCAAAGCUCCAGUCCCUUGAUACCGGUCCCAAAGAAUCUGUAGUUACGGACAAUUCACUUCCCUUUGAACCACCAUUUGAUAUUUGUUUACCUGGGGGAGGUAAUGUGAAACAUAGAAAUAUUUAUGUUGUUAAAGAGGGUGGCACUGUGAAAGAUUAUAGACUGUUGAGGCCUGGAAUGGUUUUACUGAAGCACUACAUCACUCCACGUGAACAGAUCAAUAUAGUGAAAACUUGUCAAAAUCUUGGUAUUGGCCCAGGGGGAUUUUACCAGCCUGGUUAUAAAGAUGGAGCAAAACUUAGGCUUCGUAUGAUGUGUCUUGGAUUGGACUGGGAUCCUCAAACAAGAAGGUAUGAAAACAAACGGGUUGUGGAUGGUAAUAAACCACCAGAUAUACCUCCUCAAUUUACAUUUCUUGUUAAACGUGCACUUAAAGAUGCACAUGCCUUCAUCAAGAACAACUGCAAUAUAAGUAAUGUAGAAGAAAUUCUUCCGUCAAUGUCUCCAGACAUAUGCAUUGCGAACUUCUACACAACGAGGGGAAGAUUGGGUCUGCAUCAGGACCGUGAUGAAAGCAAAGAGAGUCUUUGGAGGGGACUACCGGUUGUUUCCUUUUCUGUAGGCAAUGCAGCAGAAUUCUUGUAUGGAGAUAAAAGAAAUGUGGAUAAAGCAGAGAUGGUUGAACUGGAAUCAGGUGAUGUUCUAAUUUUUGGUGGCGAAUCUAGACAUAUAUUCCAUGGAGUAUCUUCAAUCAUACCAAAAUCGACACCCAAGUUUUUGCUUCAUCAUACUGGUCUGCGUCCCGGCCGUCUUAAUCUUACCUUUAGAAAGUAUUAAAACACUACCUCCAUGUUUAUGCUAUACAUCUGAAUCGGUGUUAUUCAUUUGAUGUUCAUUUAUGGAAUCGUGUAAAUCUAUAAUGUAAGUAUUGUCUGUUUCUGUUUCAUUUACUUUGGAUGUUACUUUGUUCAGUACUUUUCAGUUGCCGUACGUGAAUGAUACAAAGUUUUAAUUUCAAGUUUGUAUACUUUAUUUUA